CCUCCGCCCCGCCCCACGCCGCCGCUGCCGCUGGCCGCUUGUUCUCUCCGCCCCCCUCAGUCUCUCCCUCUCCCUCUCUCUCUGUCCCUGCCUUUCUCUGUGUGUGCUCUUCAGAUCUUUUUAGGCGGCUGAAAUUUCUGGUUUGCUUUUUAAAUGGGAUUUAAAGAGUCCGCUGUGGAAUCGGCAAGGCGCCAAAUUAAUCCAACUGCACCGGUCAAGCCAAAUGGGCAGCUCCCUGACUGCCCUUGGAGUCGGCGGGUCCGAGGCCCUUAUUAUCACAAUCAAGAGAGGGGUGGAUGGCUUAUGCCGCCAGCACCAUCUUGGGUCCCUCCGGGGCAGCAGCGACAGUAGGGAGUCCGAUUUUUGCGCGCUGUCAUCAUUGGCCAAUUGUCUUGUCCUGUCCUCCGUCCUUUAUGUCCACGUGUGGUGUGAGUGAGUGACAGUGUCACGGUUGCAUGGCCGAAAGGCCACGGAGCUUGAGAAACCCUCCCCUGUAAAACAAGUCUGUGUCUCUGCGUGUCGUCGCCGGCACAGGUGUUCAAUAAAUGUAGACUGUGUAUAAAAAUUGUCUUUGAGACACACUACUCAGGUCCCCUUGAACUGAAUGACUGAGUCAGCUUCUUACAUUGCCUUUGGCCUGUUCGGGUUGACUCUAUUGCUGGGUAUCGGGCUUUACUCAGUGGCCCCACAGGAUUGGGGGCCAGGGAGAAGGCUGUCAUUAGUGGUUGUAGACUGAACUGUAAUAGGUUUCCUUUUCUGGUUGCGAUGUUGCUCCCCAUUCUGACCGUUGCCUGGAUCUUGUGAUAUUUAGGCUUUUCAUCAUGGACCAAUCUCAGCCCUGUGUUACUUGCUCUCCUCUUAAAUGCUUCUUGAGAAAUUUCCAAGACUUUCAGUGUUGGGCCAGGCCCUACGGCUUUUCAUUUAACACCUUUGACUUACAAAAAUUUUGUGAACGCGAGUGGCCCACAUUUGGUGUUGGACGGCCCCCCGGAGGGCAGUGUCCAAGUUACCCUUGCCAACAGGGUCCAGGCCAUAAUGUUUGGAAAUCCAGGAUGUCCAGAUCAAAUCCCUUAUGUACAGAUCUGGAAUGACAUCUUAAUAGACAACCCUAAGUGGUUACAGUCUUGUCUUAAACCCCACAAAAACAAGGCUGCAAACAAAACAUCAGUUCUCUUGACUGGGCCCCCUUUAAAGGGAAAGCCCGGGCCUACAAAUAAAAGAGAAAAACCGAGCCCCAUCUAGUUGACCAGCCAGAGGAUCCCCUACUACUGGGGCCCCCACCAUAUCCGGCUGCCCCUCCCCCGAUCCAGCUCCUAGAAGAGUCCCUGAGCCCUGCAGCCCUCCACACACCCGGAGUGGCUCACACUAUAACCCUUCCCCAGAUCCCCCCUCGCCGGGGUCCGACUCCUCAGAGGCGCCAAUCCUUCCUCUGAGACAGGUCCCUUCCCCACUGGGAACUGACUGCCCUCCGUUCAUGGUUUAUGUCCCCUUCUCAACUAGUGACUUGCAUAACUGGAAACACCAAAACUCCUCUUUCUCUGAGAAGCCUCAGGGACUAAUUUCUCUCCUGGAGACUGUCUCUUAUACUCACCAGCCAACUUGGGAGGACUGCCAGCAGCUCCUCCAAACCCUCUUCACUUCUGAAGAGCAUGAGCAGAUGAGGAGGGAGGCGGUCAAAACCAUCUCUGGCCCGGAUGGGCAACCCACGACUGACCCAGUCCAGGUAGAGAUUGUUUUCCCCUCUGCGCGACCAGACUGGGACCCAAAUGAGGAACGAGGUAAGGAGGAACAAUUGGUAUCGCCAGACUCUGCUAGGAGGCAUAAGGGCAGCAGCUAAAAAGCCGACUAAUCUGUCCAAGGCCGAGGGACCCAUCUCUGAAAAGAAAACCCUUAUCCAAGGGGCCACAGAGAAAACCAAGGCCUAUCCCUGGACUAGAACCAGAAUAACCAACCUUGGGGCGGGAACCAUCACCCACUCGUUCCUGGUAACGCCAGAAUGCCCGUACCCUCGCCUGGGAAGAGACCUGCUCCAAAAAUUGCAGGCGACCAUAUCCUUUCAGGGGGACGUGGCCGAACUCUCAUUCAACUCAGGCCCAUCCACUAGUCCUUCUUACUUGCCCCUUGUCAGAGGAGUAUUUGCUGGCUACGGAGGCCCCAUCCCUAGGGGCCUCAGGUCCCUACCUAUGAGAAUUACGGAACAGGAUUCCUAAUGUUUGGGCAGAAACAAACCCACCUGGGCUGGCCUCCCACCGGCCCCCCAUCAUUGUCCAGUUAACCAGUACAGCCACCCCGAUCCGGGUCAGACAAUACCCUAUAAGCCUAAAGGCAAGAAAGGGACUUGCAGUCCACAUCAAAAGACUCCGGGAGGCAGGCAUUUUAGUUCCUUGUCAGUCGGCCUGGAAUACGCCUCUGCUCCCGGUCCAAAAGCCGGGGACCGACGACUACCGACCAGUGCAAGACCUCCGGGAAGUCAACAGAGAAUUGAGACCAUUCACCCCACUGUGCCUAGCCCGUAUACACUUCUGAGUUUGCUGCCUCCGAGUCAUCAGAUCUACAUGGUGCUGGACCUGAAGGACGCCUUCUUCUCACUUCGUCUAUUCGCAGUGCUGUUGCUAGACCCCCCCAGAAUCCGGUUCCUAAAAACAGCCUCCCUCAAGCUUGCCACCCUACUCCCAGAUGAUGAGCCGUCGGAGCCACUCCAUGACUGUCUUGAAGUGCUCGAGUCUCUUGCCAACCUAAGGACAGAUCUUAUGGAUCAACCGUGGCCAGAUCCUGACGAGAAGCUAUCCACAGAUGGGAGCAGCUAUAUGUCUGAGGGAGUCAGCACACACCUUGGCGGCACCAGGUUGACUGAACUUCUCCACAGGGACUACUACCUUCCUCGGCUACAUCAGAUGGCCCAGCAGGUAACAACGAGAUGCCACAUCUGUGCACAAGUCAACUCAGCUUCAUUUCAGGUGCAGCCUGGAGACCUCGUCUGGGUAAAGGAACUUCAACCUGCUAGCCUGGAAGCCAAGUGGACUGGACCGCUGCCUGGGAUCCUUGCCACUCCUACUGCGGUGAAAGUCGCGGGAAAGCGCCACUGGAUUCACCACACCCACGUCAGAAAGGCUUCCCCGGACCAGCUUCCAGAGAGAUGGACCGUCCAGGCUACCGAGGACCCACUAAAGAUAAGAAUUCCCAAAGACUCCUCUGGUUCCUCCUAAUUGCUUGUGUCAAUCUCACCACAGGCACCCUCCCCCCCACCGACCUAUACACUACAUCUGGGUACUAACUAAAACGGUAGACGGAACUGUUAUAGCCCAAAACUCCACCCUACCCCAGCCGGUCCUCCACUUUGACCUCUGCCAGUUGUUCAGGGAUGAGAACAAACAAUGGCAUUGGGGAGGAUACGGGGGACCGGGCUGUGGGUCUGACAGACUAAAACUAGGGUUACAAGCUUUUCAGCACUAUGCCUGUCCCACAAUUGGGCCACAGCAAUGUCAGAAAGAGGGCGAGUAUCAUUGUGCCAAGUGGGGUUGUGAAACUAUAACAUCUUGGGUUAACAAAGACCCCCAUAUUUCUCUAACUCGGGGCACACGCAGUUGCACCACUAAUAUAUUAGGAUCCCGCAACCCCAUAACAAUCAAAAUGUAUCAGUGGCACACUCAAGAAUGGGCUUCUGGGAAGACAUGGGGUUUCAGACUAUAUGCCACUUACUGUCUGAACUCAGACCCAGGAGUCCUGUUCACCAUACAGAGAUUCACUCCUGCAAGGCCCAACAACCCUAUAGGACCUAACCGAGAUCUAUAUCUUAGUUUGUCACCUGUACAACCCCCCAAGCCCAUUGGCCAACCUACCCCCUCACUGGAUACCUCUUUAGCCCACACUUCUCACACCCUUACACCCGUUCCAUGCAGGCAGCCCCUACUUAACUUGUUAAGCUCAGUCUGUAGGUUCCUAAAUCAAACUAGUCCUAACAUAACCGAGGACUGUUGGCUCUGCUUAAACCCUGAGCCCCCUUAUUACAUAGGGAUCAGGGCCACCUGCUCCACUGGCCCCACAGAGACAGAUAUUAAAAACUCAACAACAAAAGAAGCCCCAAAAUGACAUUAUUGCAAAUGGGGUCAGAAGCCUAAGCUCACUCUAAAAGAUCUCCAAAAACAGGGGACUUGCAUUUGUUCCCCUGAGUUUAUCUUAGCCAGGUCCCCUACCGUGACUCCUGUAGCUCUGUUAUAAAGAUAAAUUCCACUGAUCUGGAAGGCAAGAUGCUGUUAAUCACCCCUGAAGGUGCCUGGUUUGCCUGCACAACGGGAAUCCCCCCUUGUGUGCGGCCAUCCAUAAUAUACCAAAAAAACAAGCUCUGUGUCCUUGUACAUAUUGUUCCCCAAGUAUACUAUUAUUCUGGUGAGGGGGAAAGAGAGCAUUUACAAGCUCCAGCCCCCUCUCGUGUCAAACGAGCUAUACCUGUGUUAGUCCCUGCGCCUAUAGGUUUAGGAAUUGCGGGUUCUACAGCUGUAGGAACCUCUACACUUAUAAGCAGCAAUCAAAAUUUUAAAGCUUUAAGUCAGCAAAUAGACCUUGAUCUCAGUGACUUAAAAAGUUCUGUCAGUCGCUUAAAACAAUCAAUACACUCCCUUGCAGAAGUAGUCCUCCAAAAGCAUCGGGGCCUAGACCUCUCAUUUCUAAAACAAGGGGGUCUUUGUGUGGCCUUCAGCAAAACUUGCUGCUUCUAUGCAAACCACUCCGGUAUUAUAAAAAAUAGCCUUUCCCAGGUACAAAACAUACUAAGAAAAAGAAAGCCAGAAAACACACAAUAACUGGUAUAAAAACUUAUUUUCCUGGUCCCCGUGGAUGACAACACUUUUGUCAGCUAUAGCGGGACCAGUUAUUUCCAUUCUGCUGGCACUGCUUUUGGCCCCUGCAUUAUAAACAGCCUGACUUCCUAUGUUAAACAAAGAAUUCAGGCUGUCAAGCUUAUGGUUCUCCAGACUCACUAUCCACAUAUCUAUAAUG